GUUCAUUUACCACCGAUAAUCUUCCCCUGUUUUUAAUUGAAAAACGCUCUGAAUAUUUACUUAGAAUGGAAUUAUAGGAACGGCCCGCACCACUUUGGGACCCAAACUCUCACCCACACGGUCUGUCCACCUCCUCAGGCCAAAUCCAAAUAAUCGUCCUAGACAGCUCUACAAAUGACCUCCGAUUUCCAAGAACCUUCCAAUGUCGCCGGCACAAGUAAUUACCACGAGCCUGACGGAAGGGAGGAAGACAUGGCGCAGAAAGGACCAGAACCAGGUGUCCCACUCCUCCGCGACCUUCUUGGGCUCACUUCCAACUCUCGUCCCAACGCCCCUGAAUUCCGCCCUCCAAUAUUCAUCUCAAUCCCCACGCUCUCAUCCAAAAAGAAAACAGACCUCCCGCUAACCCUCUCAAUUUUCGACCUCCUCGACCUCUCUCAUCUCCCACCCCAAAACAUCCUCACAACCCACACAUUCACCACAAAACUCGCUCUCUGGUGGACAAAUCCGGCCCCCUCCUCCGCCCACCGAAAGAUAAAAACAACACCUAUCCUCGUAACCAAGUCAUUCAUCUCACUAGAACACCUCUUACCUCAAAAUCGCGACCUAGUUUUCGUCUCCACAGGCGUAGGAAGGGAUUUACGUCCCGUCUCAUCACUGCUCCGCUCUCUAGGUAUGAACGCCAAGACGAAAGUAGUCGGGAUCUUCGAUGUCGAUAUGCUAGCCAAAGAUAUCGUGGCUCUCGAUCCUCCUCCUUCUUCGAUUCCGGCGAUUUUGCAGGGCUUAGAAGAGAAGGCAGGGAACGGGUGUGAGGAGACGGAGUUCGUGAUGAGGGCUAUGCUUCUGCUUGUUUUGGAGAGUUGUAAGGAUGAGGUUAGGGAUGAGAUUGGGAGGACGUGGGUGGAGGGUUUGAGGGCUGUAGGGACUGGGAUGGAGGUGAUAAAGGGACCUAUGGAAGUGGUAAGGAAGGGCGUGAAGAAGGUGGGGAAGGCGGUUAUGGGGGGCAUUAGGAGGAGCGGGGAGGAGAUUGAGAGGGUUAGGGCGGAGAGGAGGAAGAAGAGGCAGGAUGUGGGGGCGAGUGAGGAGUAUGUGACUGAAAUGCGGCUUUGGGAUGGGAUGUGGGAGUUACUCUGA